AUGGCCAUCGAUAUAUACAAUAUUUUCCGAUACCUCGAGCUCAACGGGAAGCCAUCCGGUAACUCAAGGAUCCUUGAAAACAUGACAAUCACAUCAAACAUCUCUGUCCAAAACGACAACCUCGUUGUCCAAGGGAAGACAAUCUUGACCAAAAUCCCGGACAACAUCAUUCUAACUCCGGAAACCGGAGCUGGAUUCGUUUCCGGUGCCUUCAUAGGUGCAACAUUCGAACAGAGCAAGUCUCUCCAUGUGUUCCCCAUCGGUGUAUUGGAGGGUCUUCGGUUUAUGUGCUGUUUCCGGUUUAAACUAUGGUGGAUGACUCAGAGAAUGGGAAGCUGUGGAAAAGAAAUUCCUUUGGAGACACAGUUUAUGUUACUUGAGAGCAAAGAUGAGGUUGAAGGAAAUGGAGAUGAUGCUCCGACUGUUUACACUGUGUUUCUCCCUCUGCUUGAAGGCCAGUUCAGAGCUGUUCUGCAAGGAAAUGAGAAGAACGAGAUUGAGAUUUGUCUUGAGAGCGGAGAUAAGGCGGUUGAAACUAGCCAGGGGACUCAUCUUGUCUAUGUUCAUGCUGGAACCAAUCCCUUUGAAGUCAUCAGGCAAUCCGUAAAAGCUGCAGAGAGGCACAUGCAGACAUUUCAUCAUCGUGAGAAGAAGAAGCUGCCUUCUUUCCUAGACUGGUUUGGCUGGUGUACAUGGGACGCCUUCUACACAGACGUGACUGCCGAAGGCGUUGAUGACGGCCUUAGAAGCCUCUCAGAAGGAGGUACACCACCUAGGUUUCUGAUCAUAGACGAUGGUUGGCAACAAAUAGAAAACAAAGAGAAGGAUUCAAACUGCGUUGUCCAGGAAGGAGCACAGUUUGCUACUAGGCUUGUUGGUAUCAAGGAGAAUGCAAAAUUUCAAAAGAGUGAUCAGAAGGACACGCAAGAAGUAUCAGGGCUUAAGAGUGUUGUUGACAAUGCUAAGCAGCGCCACAAUGUGAAGCAAGUUUACGCGUGGCACGCUUUAGCUGGUUACUGGGGAGGAGUGAAACCUGCAGCCUCUGGAAUGGAACACUACGACAGUGCAUUGGCGUACCCAGUUCAGUCUCCAGGUGUGUUAGGGAACCAACCAGACAUAGUAAUGGACAGCCUCGCUGUUCAUGGUCUCGGUCUUGUCAACCCUAAGAAAGUUUUCAACUUCUACAACGAGCUGCAUUCGUAUCUGGCUUCAUGUGGUAUAGACGGAGUCAAAGUUGACGUGCAGAACAUCAUAGAAACACUCGGUGCUGGUCUUGGAGGGAGAGUCUCUCUCACUCGGAGCUACCACCAAGCUUUAGAAGCUUCCAUUGCAAGGAACUUCAAAGACAAUGGUUGCAUAUCUUGCAUGUGUCACAACACGGAUGGGAUAUACAGCGCGAAACAGACCGCUAUUGUUAGAGCGUCCGAUGAUUACUACCCCAGAGAUCCUGCUUCUCACACCAUCCACAUUGCUUCGGUUGCUUACAAUACACUCUUCCUUGGGGAAUUCAUGCAACCUGACUGGGACAUGUUCCAUAGUCUACACCCAACUGCAGAGUACCAUGCUGCAGCGCGUGCAGUUGGUGGAUGCGCAAUCUAUGUCAGUGAUAAGCCAGGCAACCAUAACUUUGAUCUACUGAGGAAGCUUGUUCUUCCUGAUGGUUCUGUUCUUCGUGCUAAGCUUCCGGGUAGGCCUACACGUGACUGCCUAUUCGCUGAUCCAGCUAGAGAUGGAAUCAGCUUGCUCAAGAUUUGGAACAUGAAUAAGUUUACUGGCAUAGUUGGUGUGUUCAACUGUCAAGGAGCUGGUUGGUGCAAGGACACUAAGAAGAACAGGAUUCAUGAUACUUCUCCUGGUACGCUCACUGGUUCCGUCCGUGCGGAUGAUGCUGAUCACAUUUCACAAGUGGCUGGUGCAGAUUGGAGUGGUGAUUCAAUAGUCUACGCUUACAAAUCAGGGGAGUUGAUAAAACUACCAAAGGGUUCCUCAAUCCCUCUCACUCUCAAAGUCCUUGAAUAUGAGCUCUUCCACAUCUCUCCUUUAAAGGAAAUCACUGGAAACAUCUCGUUCGCACCUAUCGGAUUAAUAGACAUGUUCAACUCAAGUGGGGCUAUUGACUCCAUUGAUAUCAAUACCGUCACGGACAAGAAACCGGAACUCUUUGAUGGAGAGAUCUCGUCCUCCUUGGGGAUGAGUUCUUCUCUGGCGCUCAGUGAUAACCGUUCUCCAACAGCUCUGAUAUCUUUGAGUGUUAGAGGUUGUGGUCGUUUUGGAGCAUACUCUUCACAGCGUCCGCUAAGAUGCGCCGUUGAUAACACGGACACUGAUUUCAAGUACGACGCGGAGGUUGGACUUGUGACGUUGAAUCUGCCGGUGACAAUGGAGGAAAUGUUCAGAUGGCAUGUUGAGAUUCUGGUCUAA